UAAUCUUCUAUAAAUUUAAUAAAGUUAAGUUACUGCAACAAAAUAUAAAUCAAAUUUUGUUUAGAUUAGCAAAAACCUAAGACAACUAAAAUGACGCACACUUUGAUUCUUUCUUAAAUAUCUCGGUCCGGGCAUCAAUCACGGAUGAAUUCAUCAAGAAAUGGAUAAAAUUUAUCCUCGGCGUCACGACGCCUCCCUCUUAAGCCUACUAUCUCACUGUUUGAUGAAUAGCAUUCUUUCUUCACUGAUUUACCUACAUUAUUUUACUUCAUUAUACUAUUUUCUGUUUCACGACGCUCUCGAGUUAGACGAGUUCAAAUAAUAGAAUAAUUGAAAGGAAAGCGCGGGAGAAGAAACUGCGGCGCUGGUUAUAAACAUUGAUAAGAUUGAAAAACACAAAAACGCUGCAAUUCGCAGUGCCGUCUCAUUGUUAUGUUUGUUGGUAAACGAUAAGAAAGGUUUUUCGGUGGUUUGAGCUUAUUCUGAUUAUACCCAUCAAAGAUUGCUGUUGGUUGGAAGAUCGAGGUUACGCUGGAUCCUCUUAAAACAUAACGAGGUGUGUUCUUAAUUGGUGAUCAAAGUUCUCGGUGAAAUAAAACAGCAACAACAAUGGUGGAAACGAAAUUUUCUUUGCUGCUUGUGGGUUGCCUGCUUCUUGGGAGCAUGUGGCCCGUAGAAUCAGGGGUGAUCAUCAACAAGAUCAAGGAGAAGAUCAGGAACAUCAAGGGAUACUUUGCAGCGGAUUGCGACACUGAUGUGGAUCUGUUGGAAUCCUCUUCCAAUCAAGAAACGACAAGACAAACGUCAAAUUUUCCGUCUACUUUAACUUCAACGACGACGACAACUACGACAACUUCGACGGAGUAUCCUCGGAUCGACAUCAGAGGUCAGUUCGAUAGCGCCGGUGAGGUCGAAGAGCGGAGGGGCGACUAUGACGAUGGUCCAAUCGGUACGAGCAGACAGCUUAUACGAGUGGGCGAAAAUUGCCCGCAGGGAUACAAACUGGCCAGAGACCGGACCUGCCGUAGAAACGUGUGAUUCCUCGAACGCUCCUUGUUACAAUCGUUGAGCAAAUGUAUAAUAAACGUCUUCUUAUUCAUU